UCAUUCCUCCUCCUAUCUUUGAUCAUUGUCCCGCCGCUCGCCCCCCUCCCCAAAAGAAAAAACCCUCACUCAGCACGCCUUUUUUCGGUAGCUCUUUUUACUUUCCAACUUAUCUGAGGAGCUAAACUCUCGUGGAUUCUUUCAUUUAGGGGUAUCUCGGCAGGCUGGGUUUUCUACUUUGAACUUCGGCUACUCUCUUCCCCUCUUGUAGGUGACCAUGGCCGUACCGGCUGCUCUGAUCCCACCAAACCCUCUGGUCCCACCGCCUCCAAUCUCGACUCCUUCCGCGACGACGUCCCCGCCGUCGACAACUUCAUCACCAUCUCCAUCCCUGGGCCCCCCAUCGGGACCCGGACAGAACCUGUUCAGAUCAGAGCUCCUCGCAACCAGCAGCCCGGGCAUCCCGACCCCAACCGCGGCUCUCCCCCCGAGCAAACCCGUGUACUCGACCCCGUCGCCUGUUGAAAACAUACCGCAAAACAACGAGUGCAAGAUGGUCGAGUUGCGCGGUGCCAAAGUCGCCUCUUUCACCGUGGACGGCUGCGAGCUCAUCUGCCUUCCUCAGGCUUUCGACCUGUUCCUGAAGCACCUGGUCGGCGGACUGCAUACGGUCUACACCAAGCUGAAGCGGCUCGAGAUCACGCCGGUGGUGUGCAAUGUGGAGCAGGUCCGCAUCCUCAGAGGGCUCGGCGCCAUCCAGCCCGGCGUGAACCGCUGUAAACUCAUCUCCAGAAAAGACUUCGAGACCCUGUACAACGACUGCACCAAUGCGAGCUCCAGACCCGGCCGGCCUCCGAAGAGAACCCAGAGCGUGACAUCACCGGAGAACCCCCACAUCAUGCCCCACUCAGUCCCCGGCCUCAUGUCCCCCGGCAUGAUCCCGCCCACAGGCCUGACAGCAGCGGCGGCAGCAGCUGCCAACGCAGCCAUCGCAGAGGCCAUGAAGGUCAAGAAGAUCAAGCUGGAGGCAAUGAGCAGCUACCACGGCAACGCCAACCACCACGGGGCCGACGGAGAGAAUGGAGACCUCAGCUCCAGUGUCGGCCUGGAACUCCCCUUCAUGAUGAUGCCACACCCUCUGAUCCCAGUCAGCCUGCCCCCAGCCUCUGUCACUAUGGCGAUGAGCCAGAUGAACCACCUCAGCACCAUUGCAAAUAUGGCCGCCGCAGCACAGGGCCAAAGUCUGCCCUCCAGAAUGGUCACCUCUGUUAUAAAGGAACGUGUGCCGGACAGUCCCUCCCCUGCUCCUUCCUUAGAAGACAACAGGAGGCCAGGCAGUCACCCAUCGUCCCACCGCAGCAGCAGUGUGUCCAGCUCCCCAGCCCACACAGAAAGCUCCUCAGACAGGAUACCCUUACACCACAAUGGUCUCUCCAUGAACCAAGCCUUGCUUGGCCUGUCACCUAACAUCGCACCGGGACCUAAAGAGGGAGACCUGGCCCAUGACAUGAGCCAUGAAGCAAAGAGGAUGCACGCUGAUAAAGAGGACAACCCAAUGUGCACCCCAACAGCAAGAGAUAGCUACGAGCGGUUGUCACUGGCUGGACAGACCCUGCCUCCGGGAUUCCCUUCACCUUUUCUCUUCCCAGACGGCCUGUCAUCAAUAGAGACUCUCCUUACCAACAUACAGGGCCUGCUCAAAGUGGCAAUUGACAAUGCGCGGGCUCAGGAGAAGCAGGUGCAGCUGGAGAAGACAGAGCUGAAAAUGGAGCUGUUCAGAGAGAGGGAGCUCAGGGAGACUCUGGAGAAGCAGCUCGCCAUGGAGCAGAAGAACAGAGCCAUCAUUCAGAAGCGUCUGAAGAAGGAGAAGAAGGCCAAGAGGAAACUCCAAGAAGCUCUGGAGUAUGAAUCCAAAAGGAGAGAGCAGGCCGAGCAAACCCUGAAGCAGCCCUCGCCCUCUGACAGCAUGCGCUCACUCAACGACUCUCUGACCCCUGAGAUGGAGAGUGACCGCAGCAGUGGGAGAACAGAUGCUGAAAGGACAAUACAAGAUGGAAGACUUUUCUUGAAAACCACAGUGAUGUACUGAUAAGGCCACGAGGAGCUGGAGGAAUUUAAAAAAAAAAGAAGAAAAAAAUGGGGGCGGGGGGGAGAAAGAAAGAAAAGAAAACUCACGAAGACUUUCGAGAGCCCUUAUCCAGGCAGAUUUAGUAGUGGAAGGAAGUCAAGCUGCUUGUAGGAGUUCAAUGGACAUGCUGUGUUCACCCCAAUGCUGGACAAGGUUGAGUUUGAAUGUAGAAUAAGGAGUCUUUUUUUCAUCGCAGAGGCCAACUAUCAAAUAGUUUGACGAAGCAGGUUUUGACACAACAGCUUGGCCAACGUGAAGGAUAAACAUAUAUAUUGAGCACAGUAAAAAUGUACCCAUGGUACAUGGUUGGUAAUAACUCAUAAAUUCACAGCACUGAAGAUUUUUAUACUGUAUCUCAGCCAGCGAGAAAGCUUCAAAAAAAAAAGAAGAAGAAGAAGAAAUCCGACUGAAGUUCUGUUUUGUAUUUCAAAUUGAAUUUUGAGAAGCUAAAGAGAUGAACCUUUGU